AUAUGAAUUGAAAAAGAAAUUAACUAACUACUCCGAUCCAAAUACAAAUUACACAAAUUAAUUAAAUUAAUCAAAUCUGUGUUAUAUAAAGCCAUUAUGGGUUGCUCCAUAAUUUAUUAAAGUAGAAUACAAGCUAAGUUAAUUAAUAUAAGUGAAGCUUGUUUUUAUUUGUUGAGAUUUUACUACAAAAUUAAGAGAGAGAGAGAGAGUUAAUAUGGCAAGUAAUCAGAAUGGUUUUAAAAAUAACAAAAGAUGGUCACUCACCGGGAUGAAUGCUCUUGUUACUGGUGGUUCCAAAGGCAUUGGACAGGCUAUAGUAGAGGAAUUAGCAGAACAAGGAGUUCAUGUUCAUACAUGUGCUCGUAACCAACAGGACCUUGACGCUUGCUUGCUAGACUGGAAAACAAAAGGUUUCCAUGUUACAGGAUCAGUUUGUGACGUUUCAUCUGCCUCCGAAAGAGAAAAACUUUUGGAGACUAUAAAUUCUAUCUUUUCUGGAAAGUUGAAUAUUCUUGUGAACAAUGUUGCAUGUUCCUUAUACAAAGAAACAUGUGAUUACACAAAGGAAGAUAUAUCAAAUGUAAUGGCGCUUUGCUUUGAAUCGGCUUAUCAUCUUUGUCAACUUGCACAUCCAUUGUUGAAAACCUCCGGGGAUGGCAAAAUCAUUUUUAUUUCCUCCGUUGCUAGUUUCUUUGCUAUUAAUACUCCUGGUUCUAUUUAUGGAGCUGCUAAAGGGGCAAUAAAUCAACUAGCCAAAAUUCUAGCAUGUGAAUGGGCAAAAGACAAUAUUAGGGUUAAUUCUGUUGCUCCCGGUUUCAUCAAGACUUCAAUGUCCGAAAAGGGAGUUACUCACAAGGAGUUCUCGAAAGCAAUAGAAUCUCGAACAGCUCUUGGACGUUUUGGAGAAACCGAAGAAGUGUCAGCUUUAGUGGCUUUCCUUUGUAUGCCAGCAUCUGCUUAUAUAACUGGCCAAACUGUUUUUGUUGAUGGUGGACUCACUGUUCAUGGCUUUCUACCACUUCCCUACUGACAAUUAUAAAAUGAUUAAGGUUCUCAUUUACAUUGUUCUACGUACGUAUUGUGAUUGAAGCUAAGAUGACUUUACUUUUGAGUUAUAGAAAUGUUUAAAUGUUUGUUAAAAAAAUACAAACAUAUUACUAUGUAUUAUAGAAUGAUUCAAGUCAUCACUUAAUAAACUUGCAAAUACUCGCACUCGAUUGUGA